UUGGGUUCAUCACAAUUAAGGGCAUCGACGCAAACACAUUGCAACCAAGCUUAUCACGAACCGAUUUCACGACUUUCGUUCCCGACACCUUUCGUUUCGCAACUUCUCGACCUGUGCCAUCCUGGGUGACGUUGAUUAGAUCAUCUCAGCGAGCGCCAAGCCAGAACUGCUGAGGACGUCGCUGCCAUGGCACCGAUCGCCAGGUCGUUGUCGGGUUCGCUUCCUGGAUGUAGCACAGUGAGGACGCGCCCCAUCGCUGCCAACCGGGCCGCGGUACUCUUUGUCACAGCUCUCCAUCAGUCCCUUCGACAUCCGCGUCGGCAGUUCUCUUGGACAACUCCCAGGCCAGCAUCGACACGAGCUCUCCACUCAUCGUCCAACCAAACGUCACCGUCAGGGAACCUCGCACUUGAUGAUGGGGUUUCUCUGCCGGCGUCGGCGGCGCCCGAGAACAAGCCCGCAAGGAUGGUUCAAGCCGCGCCGCUCGCUGUUCUGCCGUUGGCCAACGUUCUCCGCUCACUCAUGACGACCUCCAUUUCGUCGUCGCCGUUCCUGCUCGCGCCCUCUUUAGCUGUAAUGUCGGUUCUGGCCAAUACCACGGCCCCGGUGCUCAACCCGGACAAGAACCCGAUUCUGCGCUUCAUCCUCAAGAAGACCUUCUACGCCCAGUUCUGCGCCGGCGAGGACGCCGCCGAGGUACGGCGGACCGUUGAAUCGCUCAAGACGAUCGGGUUCGGGGGGGUCAUCUUGGGUUACGCGAGGGAGGUCGUGCUUACCGGAGCGCAGAUGAAGGAUCUUGCGUCUUGUGGCUCGGGCUCGGCCGCCGAGGAAUGUGUGCGUACCGAGAUCGAGCCGUGGGCAAAAGGGACUAUGGAGACUUUGCAGUUGGCCUCCCCUGGCGACUUCGUCGCCCUCAAGUUCACCGGCGCCGGCCGCCAGGCUCUUUACAGCCUGUCGCAGCGUCUCCCGCCAUCGGGAGCUUUGGCGUCCGCCAUCGAUAGCGUGUGCCAGCUGGCCGCAUCCCGCGGUGUCCGUUUGCUCUUCGACGCCGAGCAGCAAGCCCUCCAGCCCGGCAUCGACGACUGGUCCCUCAAGUACAUGCGGAAGUACAACACACCCACCCACGCCGUCGUUUACGGGACAUAUCAGGCGUAUCUGAAGGCGACACCAUCCACGCUAAGCCGGCAUCUUGCCGCCGCUCGCGAGGGUGGAUUCGCGCUCGGCGUGAAGCUCGUCCGCGGCGCGUACCUGGGCUCGGACCCUCGCCACCUCAUUCACGACACCAAGGCCGACACGGACGCGGCCUACGACGGCGUGGCGGAAGCGCUUCUGCGCCGGCAGUGGAACGCACAUCUCCAGCCCCAAACAGGAGCCGACACGACGGCGUUCCCCAACGUGAGCCUUGUGCUGGCCACGCACAACCGGGAAUCAGUCCUCAAGGCGCGGGCGAUCAUCUCCGAGGGUAAGGGCGGCACGGAAGACGUGGCGUUUGCCCAGCUGCAGGGCAUGGCAGACGAGGUCAGCUGCGAGCUGGUGACGAGCGACGGCACGGGGGAGAAGCCCCGCGUUUACAAAUACCUCGUCUGGGGCUCGACGGGCGAGUGCAUGAAGUACCUGCUGCGGCGGGCACAGGAAAACCGGGACGCGGUCCAGCGGACCAAAGCGGGACGGGAUGCCAUGCGCGCAGAGCUCAUCAGGAGGGUGAAGAGUCUCUUUGGAUUCGCGCGGUGAGAAGUUCGGGCAGGUGCUGGAUGGGCGGGUGAGUGGAGGAGAGCUAGAGGAGGUAGUAGAGGUUAACGGAGUCGGUUCUGACGAGUGAUGACCAUACAUUUAUUGAUGCUAGCAUGACGGGGAAGUGUUCGCCCAUAGCAUUGAUAGAAUUCUACCAGUAAGCAUCUCUAACCACUGUGUCCCGU